AUGCCUUCGCUCGCCGUCUUCCUCGGCAUCUUCGCCUCCUUCGGAGGCUUCCUUUUCGGGUACGACACAGGAUACAUCUCCGGGACAAAGGAAAUGGAGGCGUUUCUGCGCGUUUACGGCGUGCUCCAGCCUGACGGGCACUACAAGCUGUCGACGGGCACCGACUCUCUGAUCACCUCGAUCCUCAGUGCUGGCACCUUCAUCGGCGCCCUGGCGGCCAGUACAAUUGGUGACUGGAUUGGCCGCCGCAUCGGUAUCGCCAUUUACGUGGCCGUAUUUUCCGUUGGCGUCGCUCUUCAGACCUGGGGCACGAGCCUCGGCGCCUUCGCGGCCGGGCGCGUCCUCGCCGGCCUCGGCGUGGGCGGCACCUCCGUCCUCGUGCCCGUAUACCAAGCCGAAUGCGCGCCGCGCCGUAUCCGCGGCAUGAUCGUCUCUGGCUACCAGUGGUUCAUAACCGUGGGCCUGCUCGUUGCCGCCAUCGUCGUCGACCAGACCAAGAGCCGGCAAGGCAGGAGCUCGUACCAGAUCCCGAUUGCCAUCCAGUUCGUGUGGGGCGCGAUCCUCGUCGGCGGUCUCUUCGUCCUCCCCGAGUCGCCGCGCUGGCUCCUCUAUAAGGGGCGAGGGGAGGCGGCUCGUGCAAGCCUCGCCCGCCUUACUAGCCAGGACCCACACUCGGACGCCGUGAGCACCGAGUACGAGGAGAUCGUCGCCACCCUCGAGAACGAGCACAAGUACGGCGGCGGCAGCUGGGCCGACUGCUUCCGCCAGGGCCCGAACCGCGUCUUCCAGCGCAUCGUCACCGGCAUGCUUCUGCAGGCAUUUUCGCAGCUCUCAGGCAUCAACUUUAUCUUCUACUACGGCACCUCCUUCUUCACUGCCAGCGGUAUCUCGAACCCGUUCCUCAUCACGAUCGCCACCAAUGUCGUGAACGUCGGCAUGACUAUCCCCGGCAUGCUGCUCGUCGACCGCCUCGGCCGCCGCCCCAUGCUGUUGUACGGCAGCGCGGGCAUGGCUGUAGCUCAACUCAUUGUGGCUGCCGUCGGCGUUGCGCGCCCCAUCACGGACCAGGCGGCGCAGAAGGUCCUUGUCGCUUUCGUGUGCAUCUUUAUCGCACACUUUGCCAGCUGCAUGGCGCCUCUCAGCUGGAUCGUCACCUCCGAGCUCCCGCCGUACGCGCUCAGGACGAAGAGCAUGUCUCUCAGCACGGCGAGCAACUGGAUUUUCAACUUCGCCAUCGGGUAUGCUACACCGUAUCUCGUCAACACCGGGCCGGGGAACGCGGGGCUCAAGACUAACGUGUUCUGGAUCUGGGGCGGAUGCUGCGUCGCCUGCUUCUUCUUCACCUACUUCAUGAUUCCCGAGACCAAGCAGCUCUCAUUGGAGCAGAUCGACCUGCUCUACCUCGAGUCGACGCCGCGCACGUCGAACGCGUACCGCAAGCACCUGAUCGACGGGGGUAUCCACCGUAUGCGCUCUGGACGUCUUUCUGUUUCGGAGAAGGCUGGCAGACCGGAGAUUUCACACUUCGAGACAACGAAGCUGAAGGAGAUGAUGGUCUAGGGCGAGCGCUCCAGGGCGCGUAAUGAGGGUGUCGGAAUGCCUGUCCGUAGUUGUCAGGUAGCAGAUAAAUGGAAGACUCGCGGUCAG